ACAUAACCAAAUCACUAAGUUUGUCACUGAUUUACAUUUUCACUAGAAAAAAAUAAUUAAUUGGUUAUAAAUAGAAAAUUAAAAAAAAAACUUUCACUUAAACUUAUUGUUUAAUUAAGUUAAAAAUAAUUUAAGGAAAUUUAAUAGAUGACAUGAAAUAGAAUAGUUACUAGUCAUUCAGAGUGUCUUUGUCGUACACAGUGAACAAGAUUCGACAUACUCGCUUACGUAGUUUCAAAAUGGCAGCAGCUACUGACGAAUUGAUGCUUUUGGAGCGAGUGUUCCUGUGCCUGGGAAAUGCAGAUACUGAUGAACAGCUCCAGGCGUCGGUGUGCAAAUUUUUGCCACCGGUGUUACUCAAGUUGUCAAGUCCGCAAGAAGGUGUUAGGAAGAAGGUGAUGGGUCUGCUGAUACAUAUUAAUAGACGGGUUAAAAGCCGUCCCAAAGUUCAACUCCCAGUGGAAGCUCUGUUGCUCCAAUAUCAAGAUCCAGCUGCCAGCUCUUUUGUCAUUAAUUUUACGAUAAUUUAUAUUAAACUUGGUUAUCCGAGAAUGGAAAUGAAGAAACAAUCGGAAUUGAUACCUAGUGUACUGAAUGCGAUUGAAGGGAAACCGUUGUCUCAUCAAGACAGCCUAUUACUAAUGAUAAUGCCAGCGUUGGGUAACCUGGAGAUACCACUAUCUGCCGAAAAGCGAGCCGCCCUUCUAGGCUUGCAAGACAAGCCCUACGUAGCGAAGCAACUGAUAAACUUCAUGCUUGACAUGCUGCUUUUACCAUACGGCUCAGUAGGCCAGGCAGAGAACCGAGACCCUGGACAGCCUAUCGACUGGUCUCAGUACCCAGUCCCUCCAGGUCUCAGUGAGUACGCCUUCAAGCGUGUGAUCGGCGAGAACCCUCCAGUGGCCGAGAAACUCGAGCAAGUAAAAUUAGGCAUCGUGAAGUUCCUCGCCGGGGGUUUCUUUCCCGAAUCAGACAUUUUGAUUCACCUGAUCGUCGCAGCAGCAGACACGCGUUUCAGCGUUGCAAAUCUAGCAGACGCCGAGCUCAAGAAAAUAGUCAGUACUCUAGACUGGUCGUCUAUGCAGCUAGCUCUUCCUCUGUACACUUUAUUCCUCGGAACCAGCGCUAUCGGAACACAGAAGGACAUAAAACCAGAGAUGAAACGUCACGCAGCGAAUACCAGAAUUCGCUUGAAGCUUUUGCAAUAUUUAUGUCGAGUCACUAAAGCUGGGUUCAUAAUACCUCCAAGUAUCCAGGUGGUAUUUGAUUCUCUGUACGGUAACAACACAAACAAGAAAUUAAAAUCCCUGGCUUUGGAUUUUACAUUAAACAUGGUCCAGCAGUGCAGUUUUGGAUCUCUCUCUCGCGUAGCCGGAGUUAUUCUCAACGGAAUGGUGAAAUUAAUCUCCGAAGGCGAGCCUGAGCACAUCGCUAUAGCUUACACAAUAAUUGGCCAACUGGGCCAGCGAAUUCCGUCUUUGGUCAACAAAGACUCAAGCCUAGUUCAGCAAUUUUUCAAAGCUCUCACAUCAACAGACUCAGACAUGCGUCGUACAGUUCGCGACGCCUUGAUCGCAAUGUCUUCAGCAUUUAUCCUAAACCCCAGUGACAAAAAUGGAAUCGCAACGAUGACCGCUUUACUAUCAACUUACAUCGAAUCUGAAGAGCCCAGUGUCAGGUCAGUCGCUGUUCACUACGUAGCGACAAUUUUCCCAGCGAACCACGCGCCUUCUAGGUAUCUUUUACUCCUAGCCUGCGGCGAUGAUAAGAACGAAGUCUCUACAGAAGCCAUAAAAGCGCUCUAUGGAACUGCUCAUCGCAAUGAACGCUACAAAUCUGACGCUAAAGAAUACCAGCUGCCUAAUUUCCCGGAGAUGAUUUUGUACGUUAAUCAAAACACCCAGACUCGCAUUAAUUCUAACAACAAAUUUUCAAUAGGGAACCACGUACUGCCGUACAACAUUACUACUUUUAAUGAAAUUAUUAGUUACCUAAGACUGUGUUUAGCUAAGAGCGCAAAAAUUUUAGCUCGGGAGCCAAUUGAAAACCAUCCUUGUGAACACACUCCUACGAUCGCUAAAUAUCUCAAGGAACUUGUCGACGAAGAUAAAAAAUACUUGGAUAAUUAUAUUGAACUUAUAACCAGCUUGUGUCACGCAACUGCUGAUAAAAUUCCGCUGAUCGCUUUGCUGGAGGUAGUCGGCACUAUCCCGAGGUCUAUGACUGGUUACUUUGUUAAAGAAUUACCUUGGAUUCGAACGCUACUCACCUCGACCAAGGCUGAUGUUCGAGAGUUGGCUGCCAAGAUAAAUGCGAUUGUCAUGCAGUUUAAUAGCAGCAAUGAAGAGUUUGAAUUGAGAGCCGGGGAAUUUAUGAGCUCGACUAAGAAUAAAGUUCUGGAGACCCAGCAUGGCUCGUUGUUGGCUUUGUCAUACAUGAUGGAACGUAAGCUGACGGCUCGGAAAGAUACUGAGCAAGUGGAUAAUUUUUUGAACUGGAAAAUUUACAGCGAAGUUGUACAGACGAUUUGUUCUUUCUUGACGAGCAGUACUGUUCUUUUAGUGGAUGCUGCUACUCAAGGAAUUGGGAUCAUUGGCAAAGUUUUUCCGCUUCCACUGAACUCUGAAAGUGAAGAUGAGUCUCUGAGCAAGAAAAAAUUGGUUGAAAAUUUAUUCGCGAUAUUGAUGAAUGCGAAGAUGAAUGGCAAGAUUAAAGAAAAUGCGAUACAGUCUCUGGGAUUUCUUUGCAUUGGAGAAGCUUUUCCGCAUACUAAAAUUAUUAUUGAGAAGUUUAUUGGGUACGCGAAAGAAACCAAGGAUGUCACGAUUCAUUUCUCAAUCGCAGAAGCUCUGGUGCUUUGUGUGCAAGGACCGGCUUCUAAAGAAGCGAGGGAUAUUUGGACGACUGUGCCGGAAGAGUAUAAUCAAAAUUACUCGGCUGAGAGUGAUAAUUUAUUGGUAUUUUUGUUGGACCAAUUGUUGAAAUUAUCGAAUGAUCCGCAUCCAAACUCGAGACAGGCGAUCUGUAUUUGGCUGUUGUCGAUUUUGAGACACAAUGACAAGAGGCAGCAUGUUAUUGAUCGAUUGCCGAAUUUACAGAAUGCUUUUUCAAAUUUCUUGGGGGAAAAUAAUGACAUUGUACAGGAUGUAGCUUCUAAGGGAAUUUGCUUGGUUUAUAACACGAGCGAGAAGACGGGUAGAGAUGACCUGGUGGCUACUUUAAUGAGCCAGUUGACGGAAGGACGUCGUGCAGUUCAACAAGUUACGCCUGAUACCAAAUUGUUCGAGGAAGGAGAGUUGGGAAAAGCUCCCACUGGAGGAACUAUCACUACUUACAAGGAAAUUUGUUCUUUGGCUUCGGAUUUGAAUAAGCCGGAUUUGAUUUAUAAUUUUCUUCAGCUUGCUAAUCAUAAUGCUGUAUGGACCUCGAAGAAGGGCGCUGCUUUCGGGUUUUCUGCAAUUGCUUCAGUGGCUAAAGAUGAGCUCAAUAAAUAUUUGCCCAGCAUUAUUCCAAAAUUGUACCGGUAUCAAUUCGACCCGACACCAAAGAUCCAGCAAAGCAUGUCCAACAUCUGGCACGACAUCGUUCCCUCAACUUCAAAAGCCCUUGAGCAGUAUCACAACGAAAUCCUGGAGGACCUAAAAGUAAACCUCACCAACAACCAAUGGCGCGUGCGACUGAGCUGUUGUCUAGCUCUUUCCGACCUUUUUAAAUCAAACGCCCAUAUAGACUACGCGAAACACGCUCCCGAAUUAUGGAAGCAGUUAUUCCGCGUCAUGGAUGACGUUCACGAGGACACGCGUAACAAUGCCACCAACACCGCUCGUUUACUCAGCAAAGUUUGCGUUCGCGAGUGCGACCCCAACCACGGAAAAUCCGGCGAGCGCGUUUUACAAUCAGUCUUAUCCAUAUUUCUAGAAGUUGGAAUUCUCCACAACGUAAAAGCCAUCCGUGCUCUGUCUCUACAAACAGUUUCUCAACUAGUAUCAACAGCUGGCGUUCUGCUAAAACCUUCUCUAGUUCACUUGAUCCCAGCGCUGCUAACAGCCACCGACAUGGAGCACGAAGGUCUCAUGUACAUGAGCACCAAGUACAGCGCACAGACGGAAAUCCAAGAAGCUCUCGAUCGGGUUAGAUCCAACGAAGCUAAAUCUCAUCACGCAACCGAGACAGUUCGCAAGUGUACUCAGUACCUCGACACAGCAAUUCUUCAAGAAUUAAUGCCUAAAGUUAUUGAAUUAAUAAAAUCCAGCAUUGGUCUAGGCUCCAAAGUGUCUAUCAGUCACUUUCUAAUUCUUCUGAGCUUACAAAUGAAGCAAGAAUUACAACCAUACGCUGGAAAACUCUGCAGCGCUUUGAUGAACGGAUUAACAGACCGAAAUGCUACCGUAAGAAAAACCAACGCAGUUACAAUUGGCUACAUAAUUGGUUCCGCCAAAGAUUCUAGUGUAGAAAAAAUAUUCAACACUCUCAACACUUGGUACAACGAGCGUGAAGACGAUGCAAUUCGCCUGGCAAUAGGCCAGACAUUGCAAUCAAUCAGCAAUCACAAUCACGAAGUAUUAAAGAAAUUUUCCGACAUUGUAAUCCCGCUGACUUUCUUCGCGAUGCACGCGAUAAAAGUUCCUGCUAAUAAAGAAACCGUGGAACUGUGGACGGAUUUAUGGGGUGAAAUUUCCCACGGAACGGAAUCUACGAUAAAACAAAACUUGAACUUGAUUAUCGGAACGCUUAAUCGGUCAUUGGAGUCGGCUUCUUGGACAACUAAAGCCCAGGCUGCCAAUGCAGUCUCGACGGUCGCGGUGAAAGUUGGCUCUUCGAUGGAUGAUGAAGCUAGGAAUGGAUUGUUGAGGAUUUUAAUCGCCGGGUUGCAAGGAAGAACGUGGAACGGAAAGGAGAGACUCGUUGAAGCGCUGGCUACGCUUGCUUGUCAUAGCAAAGAGGCUUUGGGGAAAGAUGCUGCUUUGAGUGCUUCCGUUGUUGAAGCGCUGUACAAAGAGAGCAAAAAAGAGAACUUAGAAUAUCGUCGUUAUGCUUUAAAAGCGUUUGCUGAUGUGUUGCAUGAAUUAGGAAUUGAUAAAUUCACUGAGCUUUAUGAUAUUGCGCAGGAAAUUUUGGGUAAAAUGGGGAAGAAGAAUAAGGGUGAUGAUGAUGAUGAUGAUGAUGAUGAGAAGAGCGAUAAGAGCAGUGAAGAAAUUACUAAGAAGAGAGAAGAUCAGAUGAAGUUGCAAGAAACUGUUUAUGAGGCUCUUGGCAAAGCCUGGCCGGCUUAUAAGGGUAGUAAAGAUACUCAGGAUAAAUAUUGCCUGCAAAUUAUUGCUCAUUGUCAUGAGACUCUCCCGAGCAGCACUAGGGCUAUUCAGGUCGCUAUUAUGACCACCUUGACACACUUUGUGGAGAAACUUGUGUUUUUACAAGUUAAUUAUGGAGAAUUGGCGAAGGAGGAUAGGGAAAAAUUGGACAUUAUUUGCGAAACUCUGUAUCAAAUUUUGAAAAUUUCGAUCGGAAUUUCUAAAUACACGAGGAUAAGGAAGGAGGCGCUUAAUAUUGUGCUGGUGUUGUCGAAAAAGUUGAUAGAUAGUGGGAACAAUAAGCAAACUGAAGCGCUUAAAAGUUUGUUUUGCCAACUAUUGACCAAUGAGCUGGCUUCUGACAAUCAGCCGGAAAUUCGUACUCGCGUUGUUGACAUAAAAGCUAUUUUUCAAUUAUAAUUAUAUCGGUUGAAUGUUAUAUAUUUAUAUUAAUUAAUUAAUGGCAUUUGUUGCCGUAAAAUCGGGUUUUUUAUUGUCAAUGUUUUUUAGUUGGCUUGUGACGAUAAUUCGAGCUGUCCGGUGUGGAAUAAUUGUUUUUUAGGCGGAUCUUUUUUUUUAUAAGGACUUUUUGAUUGUGAAUGAAUUAAAAAAAUUUUUUAAUUAGUAGAAUUUUCA